CAGGAAGACUCGCAGCCAAUCCUUCUAGAAACGUCUGGAAUCUUCGCGGCCGGGGGCGGGUUACUUGGAGGCCUCGCGCCGGGGUGUAUAAGUUGGCGUGGCCGUGGCGUGCUUGGCUGGUCCCGACGAGCUCACGCGAUCUCGACAACCCCUCAGGUACAAAGGGGAAGCUACUCAACCCGGACUCAGCUCAAAAGGGGACUGUAAUUUCGUUCUCUGUCCUUCGUUCUCUCUUCAUGUCGUGUUGGUAUCUCACUAAUUUCUUCUUCUCGCCGAAGUUCCGCGUCUUGCAGCUGCGAUUGCCAUUUACCCUGUUUUAUUGUAAAGGCGGCUUCUCCCCCUGUCAAUUGAGAUCCUCUAAUUCGGGAAGCUAACGUCGAUAGGAUAAGUUUUUGCGAACAUUUUGCUGUCGACUGGCAAUUUUCUUCGUUUCAACCAAUCUUUGGAAGUCCUUGAAUUCUUCUACUCUUUGACAUGCAGGAACCAAUCUUUAGUGGUUUGAAUUCUUCUACUCUUUGACAUUCAGGAAAGCCAUUUUCAGAUUGAACUAGUUCGAUUGAUGCGAUUUUUCAAACAAAGAUCACCUCUUUUUGACCUGUUCUUGACUGCGUUGGAUUUCAUUCAUGUGCUCCGUUAAGUGAGCUCUGUUCUGGUUUUCGAUCACAUUUGCUGGUUGGAUGCUUUUGGUCAUGGAUUCGUUCCACGGCAUUGUGAAAGCAGAGGAGUUCGACUUCGACUUCGACAUCGCCGGCGCGUCGGCGGAGGGCGCGCCGUCGUCGCCGUGGGCCGCCGGCGCGCCGGAGCUGCCCCGGCCGAUGGAGGGCCUCCGCGAGGCCGGUCCACCGCCGUUCCUGACCAAGACGUACGACAUCGUGGACGACUCCAGCACAGACACGGUCAUCUCCUGGGGAUUCGCCGGAAAGAGCUUCGUCGUCUGGGACGCCAACGCCUUCGCCACAGUGAUCCUCCCGCGCUGCUUCAAGCACAGCAACUUCUCCAGUUUCGUCCGGCAGCUCAACACCUACGGGUUCAGGAAGGUUGAUCCGGACAGGUGGGAGUUCGCGAACGAGGGGUUCCUUCGGGGCCAGAGGGAGCUCCUCAAGACGAUCAAGCGCCGGCGGCCGCCUUCGAGCUCGUCGGUGCAGCAGGCGCAGGGGCAGGCGGCGUGCCUGGAGGUGGGCCAGUUCGGGCGCGAGGGCGAGGUGCACCGGCUGCAGCGCGACAAGGGGAUCCUGCUCAUGGAGGUGGUGAAGCUGCGGCAGGAGCAGCAGGCAACGCGCGCACAGAUGCAGGCGAUGAAGGAGCGCAUCACGGUGGCAGAGCAGAAGCAGCAGCAGAUGACGGUGUUCCUGGCGCACGCCAUGAAAAACCCGGGCUUCCUCCGGAUGCUCGUUGACCGGCAGGGCCUGGGCGGCUGCUGGAGGGAGCUCGAGGACGCACUCUCGAAGAAGCGCCGCCGCCCCAUCGAGUACCUCCCACGCCACGGCGAGAGCAGCAGCAGCUCCGUGGGGUCGGCGGCGUCGGGCCACUAUGUUCCCGGCAUUCCGAUCGGCGUGGACGGCGUGUCGGAGGUGACCGACGACGAGAGCCUACGCGAGGAGAGCGGCGCCGGCGGAGGCGAGGACACGGAGAACUUCUGGGUGGAGCUGCUGAGCCUCGGCCUCGAGGAGAAGCGCCGUGAGGGCGGCGGCGGCGAGGAGGAGGGGAGCAGCGCUGACGUGGACGACGACGUGGACGUUCUGGUGCAGAGCAUCUACGACCUCAACCCGAACCCGAGCAGUCCAAGUCCCAAGUGAAAGUUCCAGAACAUUCUAGACUCCACCCAGUAGCAUUGUAAGAAGGGGUUAGUUAUUGUUCUGUGCCAACUUUUUUUUUAUAAAAAGCGAGUUUCAUUUAAACAUAAGUAAUUCUACAAAGGUGGAAGUCACCUAGAAAGAAGAUUGUAAUGCCUCAACUAUUGAGCAUUGUUGAUCAUGAAGGAAAUAUGUAAAAGAAGUAGCUGGUCUCUCA